AUGGGCGCGCGGGGCCGGCGGCGGGGGAAGAUGGCGGCGGCGGGCCGGUGGCGGGCCGGGCUGGCCGUGCUGGCCGUGGCGCUGGGGCUCGGCGGGGCGGCGGCCGAGCAGACCGAGGAGCACCUGAAACGGGAGCACUCGCUGUCCAAACCGUACCAGGGUGUGGGCUCGGCCAGCUCGGGGCUCUGGGACCUGCUGGGGAACGCCAUGGUCAUGACCCAGUUCAUCCGCCUCACCCCCGACGUGCAGAGCAAGCACGGAGCCGUGUGGAACCGGGUGCCCUGCUACCUGCGGGACUGGGAGCUGCAGGUGCACUUCAGGAUCCACGGGCAGGGCAAGAAGAACCUCAACGGGGACGGCUUCGCCAUCUGGUACACCAAGGACAGGAUGCAGCCAGGACCUGUUUUUGGCAGCAAGGACAACUUCCUGGGGCUGGGAGUGUUCGUGGACACGUACCCCAACGAGGAGAAGCAGCAGGAGGCUCAGAAGAGGAGGUACAGCCCUGGAAACCAGCGCGUCUUCCCCUACAUCUCGGCCAUGGUGAACAACGGCUCGCUGACCUACGACCACGACCGCGACGGGCGCCCCACCGAGCUGGGCGGCUGCUCCGCCAUGGUGCGCAACCUCAACCACGACACCUUCCUGGUCAUCCGCUACGUCAAGAGGAGGCUGACGGUCACUGGAUUUAAAUUUUUUUUUAACGACUCCGACAAUUCCUGCGAAAUUCCUGGAAUUCCAAGGAAACCCCACCAAAUUCCGAGGUUUUUGGGUUUUGUUUUUUAUUUGGCAGACAACCACGACAUCAUCUCGCUGAAGCUCUACCAGCUGACGGUGGAGCGGACGCCGGAGGAGGAGAAACGGGACCGGGAGGUUUUCCUGCCCGUGGUGGACAACCUGAGGCUGCCGGGAAUGGAGGCGCCGCUGGAGCCCAUGAGCGGCCUGGCCCUGUUCCUCAUCGUCUUCUUCUCGCUGGUGGCCUUCGUCUUCGCCAUCGUCAUCGGCAUCAUCCUCUACACCAAGUGGCAGGAGCAGAGCCGCAAGCACUUCUACUGACCCGGCUGCCCGCCGUGCCAGGCUCCAGGGACCCGGGACGGUGCCAGCCCGGCUGGGGAGCGCCGGAACCUCCCCUGGCACAGACUUCUCUCGUUGGUGUGGCCACCAAAGUCCAGCAGACGAGCCCCACCUGGGCCAGUGGUGGCCACGUCCCGCUUGCCGCCCGUGCCAGGCUGUGAGGACGGCAGGGAGCCCCAAAUCCCUGGCACGGGGACGGUGCCAGCCCGGCUGAGGAGCACUGGAACCUUCCCUGGCACAGACUUCUGCUGCUGCUGUGGCCACCAAAGUCCAGAAGAUGAACCCCACCUGGGCUAGUGGUGGCCACAUGCCGAUUGCCACCCGUGCCAAAGUGCCAGGGACCCCGGGAUGGUGCCAGCCCGGCUGAGGAGCGCUGGAACCUCCCCUGGCACAGACUUCUCUUGUUGUUGUGGCCACCAAACUUCAGCAGACGAGCCGCACUUUGGCUAGUGGUGGCCACAUCCUGGUUGCCACCCGUGCCAGGGCAUCAAGAACCCCCAAAUCCCUGGCACUGACUCGGUGCCAGCCCGGCUGAGGAGCGCUGGAACCCUCCCUGGCACAGACUUCUGCUGCUGCUGUGGCCACCAAAGUCCAGCAGAUGAACCCCACUUUGGCUAGUGGUGGCCACAUCCCACUUGCCACCCGUGCCAGGGUGCCAAGGACCCCCAAAGCACGGUGCCAGCCUGGCUGAGGAGCGCUGGAACCUCCCCUGGCACAGACUGCUGCUGUGGCCACCAAAGUCCAGCAAAAGUCCCACCUGGGCUAGUGGUGGCCACGUCCCGCUUGCCAACCCGGGGGGGUUUUGGUGGCCCCCGGGGGGUUUUGGUGGCCCCCGGGGGGUUUUGUGGCCCCCGGGGGGUUUUGGUGUUUUCCAAGGAGAGUUUUCCUGGAGA